GGUUCCGCGGGGACCCAGAGGCGGAGCCCAGGCUCAUGGCGGCGUGCACGAAACAGACCACCGGGGGCGGUGAAGAGGCCGCGGCGGAGGAGGGACCGCGCGUUCGGGAACCCGGGGCCGCCCCUUUCGGAAAUUUCCCUCAGUACUCCCGCUUCCACCCUCCAGAGCAGCGGCUCCGCCUCCUGCCCCCGGAGCUGCUUCGACAACUCUUCCCUCCCGAGAGUCCUGAAACGAGGCCUAUACUGGGGCUCGACGUGGGGUGUAAUUCCGGGGAGUUGAGUGUGGCUCUAUACAAACACUUCCUCUUCCUACGUGAUGGGGAGACCUGCUCAGAUGCCUCAAGAGAAUUUCGUCUUCUCUGCUGUGACAUAGAUCCAGUCCUGGUGGAGCGAGCUGAAAAAGGAUGCCCUUUUCCUGAUGCCUUGACCUUUAUUACUCUGGACUUCAUGAAUCAAAGGACCCGGAAGGUUCUCUUGAGCUCUUUCUUAAGCCAGUUUGGACGCUCCAUUUUUGACAUUGGCUUCUGCAUGUCAGUAACCAUGUGGAUUCAUCUGAACCAUGGGGACCAGGGCCUGUGGGAGUUCCUCGCCCACCUCUGUUCUCUCUGCCGCUACCUCCUUGUGGAGCCACAGCCCUGGAAAUGUUACCGGGCAGCUGCAAGGCGUCUGCGAAAGCUGGGCCUCCAUAACUUUGACCACUUCCACUCCCUUGCUAUCCGAGGUGAUAUGGCCAAUCAGAUUGUGCAGAUCUUGACUCAGGACCAUGGCAUGGAGUUAGUAUGCUGCUUUGGCAACACCAGCUGGGACCGAAGCCUUCUGCUCUUCAAGGCAAAACAGACCAUAGAGACUCAUCUGAUCCCUGAAUCAUUGAUAGAAGAAGGAAAAGAAAGGAACAGAUUAAGAUUCUGGAGACAGUGAGAUGGGAGGAGGGGAAGACCAGGAAAAGAGAUAUUGAAAAGGUUUUACACUGAGAAUUAAGGACUCUUCUUGACUCCUUAACAGUUGGGCAGCCUCAAAACCUGGCAGAAGGUUUUGGCAAAAUGUCCAAGGCAUGCACUUGAAAGAAUCAGUACCAUUGGGACAAUCCCUGAGGAGAAUGGAUCCGUGGAGCAAUGAGCUGAGCUAUCUGAGAUGGACUAGAGAAAGUAAUCCUGGUUUUGGGAUGUGGAAGGGCCUGCUUUUGGGGGUUAGUUAUAAAGACCAGGCUAGCCUUAGAAUGUAUCAGUUCCCUGGAUCCUUCAAUCUGACCUGGCUUCCUCAGCUUUCUGUACUUGCUUGAAGAGUCACUGGCCUGGCUAAAGGAAAGGGUUAAUAGGAAAAGCAUCUUAUCUUUAUAGAUUAGCAGGUCAAGUCUCCAAGAUGCACUGACUGGCAUUUAAAAGACAUUUAAAAACUUAGAUAAUUAACCCAACAUCCAGCUGGUACAAACGAAAUGAAUAAAGUGGGAUUGUCUAUAAUUUAUAAAAGUAUAUGUAGUAUGUAAUAAAAAUGACAAGUGUGGUUGAAAAUGCCCUGUGAGUCUGGGGUGGAUAAGAAAAUUCUGCUUUUAUCCAUCCUAUCCACGCAGGAGACUUGGGUUUGAUUCCCAGCCAGGGUACCUUGUACAUAGCCACCACCUGUCUGUCACCAAACCACCACUACUCCCAGUUCUUAGGUACCUCAGUUAGAACUUUAUCCUAAAAUUAAAUUCAUUACCCUCAUUCCCAACCCAAUCCUAUCUCAGUUGGUGACAUCUACCUCCAUUGAGUCUUUCCUCACUUAAAGUCCCCACACCGAAAUGAUUACCAAGUCCGGUAAAUCCUACCAAUAACAUGUAAAUCCUACUUAUUCCAUCCAUUUGGUUGGCACCUACCAGAGGUUUCUGUGUUAAGUCACCUGCUCCAUUCUAUGCAUUCCUGCCAGUGUUCUCUUUCUCAAACAUCUAAUUGUGUUAGUAUUAUGCUUAAAAAUCUUCAGUAGCUUUCUAGACUCUAGAAUCCUGUCCUUUAUCCAGUACCUAAACCUAUGUUCUUCAAUCUGGUAGCCACUUGCUAUUUAAAUUAAGUAAAAUGAAACAAAGUUUAAAUUCAGUUCCUCAGUCUUCCUAGCGACAGUUCAAGUGUUCAGUAGCUGUUCCGACUCAUAGCAACCCUAUAGGACAGAAUAGAACUGCCCCAUAGGGUUUCCAGGAAGCAGUGGGUGGAUUAGAACUGCCAGCCUUUUUGGUUAGCAGUCGUGGUCUAAACCACUGCACCACCAGGGUUCCACAAACCAAACUUGUUUCUGUCAAGUCAAUUCCGACUUACAGCGACCCUAUAUGUGACUAGUGGCUACUAUAAUUGAACUCUGCAGGUAUAGAACAUUUCCAUCAUCAGAGAAAGUUUUAUCACGUAGCACUGGUCUAAAUCCCAUAACGUGGCCUUCAUGCCUCUCUUCCCUGUAGCAACCACACUGAACUUCUCACCUGCCACUUAGACUUGCCACGUCUUUUUAUAUCUCGGACUUAGUACAAGCCAUCCCUUUGCUCCUUCCCUCUCCUCCAGUUCUCCCACCUUGCAACCUGGUAGAACUCUUUGUCCUAAAAGACAGCUUAAGUUUACGUUUUUGGGAAAAUUUUUCCCAACUCCCUGGUACUUUGCAUUUGUUCACUACAUUUUUGUGAGGGCUACACAGAAUCCUCUAUUACAGCAAUUACGUACCAUAAUUGCUCACAGGCCUCUUUUCCCCAUACGACAGGACUCAAUGCCUGACACAUGGCACGCAGUCAGGAACUACUUGUUGAAAGAAUAUAUGAAUGAACAAAAGAGAUAUCCACCUGAAUUCAGUUAUUGAGAAGAAAAGGAAGAUCUGUGAUUGGGCAAAGACUGCACAGGAAACCCUGAGAAUAGAGGAAAGUUAGAAAGUUGAGAGGGACGUAACCUUGACCCUUGGCAUGGAAGUUUGAGAUAUGUUUUAUCAAACAUGUCUUUGAGAUAAAAUGUUCAUUUCAAAGCCUUGAUUAUUGGUGAUUUGGGAGAGGACAACAGAUCAAGACUGGAUAUAAAAAUCUGGAAGUCAUGUAGAGUGAGAGUGACUUAAAUUUCAAAAAUAAGUGAAUAUGGUAGGAGAGUACCAGGUCCUAGGUCUGAGGGCCACGAAUAGUUAUUGAGUGAGCGGGAAAAGAGGAACUAAAAAAGGUCUGAUUAGAAACAGAAAAAAGGAAACCGUAUGAGGUAGGUACUCUUAGUAUCCCCAUCUUGCAGAUGUGGAAACAAGCAUAGAGAGGUUGAGUGUCCCAGGGGCACCUAUCUAGUAAGUAGCAGAGCUGGGCUUUAAACCCAAGCAGUAUGGUUCCAUAAUCAGCUUUAGCUGCCGUGUCAUGAGAUGUCACAGAAGUCAAGGUUCGGAAGAGACACCAGAGAACAGGUGUAGUGUAUGAACAUGGACUUCAGAGUUACUGUGCUCCCUCAAAUUAUGUGUUCAGGCCUGGGAACAGAAGGCCCAGCCAGUCCACCCUUAGCAAUCUCUGAUAUUCUUAGAAUUCCCCUCACAGAAGUCACCUAAUCCUAUGUCGAAUACCUGAGUUGUGCCCCUACUGCUGACUACAAGUUAAACAGGCUCGCGCCUCGUGCUGUGGUGGAAAAUUGAGAGCUGGCAGCCACAUACAGCAGAGAUUAAAAAAAAAAAAAAAAAACCUGCUGCUGUUGAGUCAAUUCUGACUCAUAGCGACCCUAUAGGACAGAGUAGAACUAUUCCAUAGAGUGUCCAAGGAGCAGGUGGUGGAUUCAAACUGCGUACCUUUUGGUUAGCAGCCAUAGCUCUUAACCACCGCACCACCAGGCUCCACAGCAAAGAUAGAUAGUCUUAAUUCUUCCUCAGACCUGAUUACCCUUACAGUGUACCCUUGACUUGCCAGCACCCUAACUCCCCCUGAAUUCCUUAAAUUUCCAAUCUGUUCCUAGCUUUGACCUUUGGGUAGGACCUCCUGAAAGUGGAUUUGAAUCUGUUUCAUGCUAAGGAGGCAGGGAUGCCAAGGCCAACUCCAAAAAAAAAAAAGGACUAAAAUCCUACAACCAAUUGGGUCCUUCCCAGCCUUCUGGGAUUUGGCCUGGGGAUGGUAGCAGCAGAAAGAAACCUCAGAUUUGGAAUCAAGAUCUACAAGUAACUCAUUGUAUACCCACCUUGUUUAAGUCUUUUGACCUCUCUGAACCUCAGUUUUCAUCUGUACAACUGAAAUAACAAGACCUUGCUUUUCUUAUACCCAGAUGGGCUAAAGAAUAUAAAGGUAUUUUGUAGAAUAUAGAGUGUUAGACAAAAACAAAGUGUCAUUAUACCCUGUAAGUAUGCCAUAGAUCAUGCUCAGGCUGCGCAAGACCACAACUAUGCUUGUUAGAUGAAAGUUCUGUAAGGAAAACAUGAAUCUUACUAUCUCUAAUGAUUUAUUUUUCAGAAGUCUUAAGGAGUUCAGCUUCAGCUCUACAGAGCAUUUUAAAUGAAGCAAUGCUGGGAGGGAGUGAUUGUUACUAAUGGAAAUGAGGUCAGUUUAUGUGAUCACAGGGAUCACAGUGGUUACAGAGCUGGAUUUAUCUACUUUUCUACAGUUCUUAAUUUAGGAACAAUUUGAAACAAAAACCAAGUGACCCUGUUUGUUGCUCUCUUGCACCACCCUUUACCAAGGAGCACAAGGGGAUGUAUAAGGGACUCUGGUAGGCUGAAUAAGGGCCCCCAAAUCCCUACAAUCUGUGACUAUUACCUUAGAUGGCAAAAGGGACUUUGAAAAUGUGUUAAGUUACGGAUUUUGAGAUGAGAUGAACCUCAAUUAUCCCAAUGAGCCCUAAAUGUAAUCACAACUGUCUCUAUAAGACAAAGGCAGAGGGAGAUUUGACUGCAGUAGGAGAUGUCACAGAAGCAAGAGAUGGGGGUCAUGUGAGAAAGAGUUGCAAGCCAAGAAAUGCAGUCAUCUUCUAGAAGUUAGAAAAGGCAAGGAAACGGAUUCUCCCCUGAAGCUUCCAGAAGGAACACAGCUUUGUUAACACCUUGAUUUUAGAUUUUUGACUUCCAGAACUGUAAGAGAAUAAAUAUGUUGUUCUCAGCCACUAAAUUUGUGGUAAUUUGUUAAUGGAGGCAAUAGGAAACUAAUAUAGGGGCUGCAAUUACGAUGAGACUGGGGUACAAGGCCAAGUGGCACCUGUCCCAAACAACUCCUUAGAUACUCACCAGAAAACCUGUUUAAUCCUACUCCUCAUUAAUUACAACAAGAAAUAAAAACAAUGAAUUACAACAAAUAAAAACAAUAAAAGAACAUUUUCAUCACUUAGAACAAAAUUCACAAAUUUUUUAAAACCACAAUGAUGAGAAUUUGGGGAAAACAGGUAUUCUCAUACCCUGUUAGCAAGAAUGUAAAUUGUCAUGACCGUUUUGGAGGGCAAUUUGUCAAUAUUUAUCAAAAUAUAUAAGGCACAUGCACAGCAAUUGCACUACUAGGAAUUUAUUCUGUAGAUACACUCACAUAAAUAUGCAAGGAUGUAUGUACAGUAUUACCCACUACAGUUAUUGAUACUAGUGAAAAGCUAGAAACAACCUACAUGCCCAUCAGUAGGAAAUAUGCAUAAUAUGGUACAGCCAUAAAAUAAUUACUAUGCAAUUAUUAAAAAGAAAAGGUAGAUCUAUAUAUGCUAAUAUGGAAGGGUCUACAAAAUAAGUGUAAGAAGCAAGGUACAGAACAAUAUGAGUGGUCAGAGCCCAUUUUUUUAAGCUUUUAAAAUGAAUAUACACAUACAAGGUAACAAAACCUCUAAGAGUGGCCCGUUUGUCAUACUGUGGUGGCUUGCAUGUUGCUGUGAUGCUGGAAGCUAUACUACCAGUAUUUCAAAUACCCACAGGGUCACCAAUGGUGGACAGGUUUCAGCAGAACUUCCAGACUAAGACAGACUAGGAAGAGGACCUCGUGAUCUCCUUCUGAAAAAACUGGCCAGUGACACUGUUAUGAAUAGUAAUGGAACAUUGUCUAAUAUAGUGAGGGAAGAUGAACCCUUCAUAUUGGAAGGCACUCAAAAUACGACUGGGGAAGAGCUACCUCCUCAAAGUAGAGUUGACCCUAAUGACAUGGAUGGAGUCAAGGUUUCGGGACUUUCAUUAAUGAGGUGGCACAACUCAAAAUGAGAAGAAAUAGCUGCAAACAUCCAUUAAUAAUCAGAAUGUGGAAUGUACAAAGUAUGAAUCUAGGAAAAUUGGAAGUCAUCAAAAAUGAAAUGGAACGCCUAAAGAUCGAUAUUCUAGGCAGUAGUGAGCUGAAAUAGACUGGUACUGGCCAUUUUGAAUCAGACAGUCAUAUGGUCUACUAUGCAGGAAAUAACAAAGUGAAAAGGAAUGGCAUCAAAUUUGUCAUCAAAAAGAACAUUUCAAGAUCUAUCCUGAAGUACAAUGCUGUUUAGUGAUAAGUUAAUAUCCAUACCCCUACAAGGAAGACCAGUUAAUACCAAUAUUAUUAAAAUUUACACACCAACUACUAAUUCCAAACAUGAAGAAACUGAGGAUUUUUACCAACUGCAGUCUGAAAUUGAUCAAACACGCAAUAGAGAUGAAUUGAUAAUUACUGAUGAUUGGAAUGAGAAAGUUGGAAACAAGAAGAAUCAGUAGUUGGAAAAUAUGGCUGUCAUGGAUUGAAUUGUGUCCCCAAAAAAUGUCUUGUUAACUUAGCUGGGCCAUGAUUUUCGGUAUUGUGUGAUUGUCCACUAUUUUAUGUGAUUUUCCUAUAUGUUGUAAAUCAUAUCACUGUGAUGUAAUAAGAUGGCAGUUACAUCGAUGAGAUCUAUCAGAUUAGAUAACAUCUUAAGCCAGUCUCUUUUGAGAUAUAAAAGAGAGAAAAGAGCACAAAGACAGGGGGACCUCAUACCAUCAAGAAAGCAAUGGGAGCAGAGCGCAUCCUUUGGACUUGAGGUUCCUGCGCUGAGAUGCUCCCAGACGAGGGAAGAUUGAUGACAAGGACCUUCCUCCAGAGCCAACAGACAGAAAAAACUAUCCCCUGGAGCUAAUGAUCUGAAUUUGGACUUGUAGCCUACUAGACAGUGAGAGAAUAAAUUUCUCUUUGUUAAAGCCAUCCACUGUGGUAUUUCUGUUACAGCAGCACUAGAUGACUAAGACAGUGGCCUUGAUGAUAGAAACGAUGCCAGAGAUCGCAUGACAGAAUUCCAUAAGACCACGACUUCUUCAUUGCAAAUACCUUUUUUCAACAACAUAAACAGCAACUAUAAAAAAAAAAAAAAAAAAAAUUUUUUUUUUUUAUACAUGUGGACCUCACCAGAGGGAAUACAUAAGAAUCAAAUCGACUACAUCUGUGGAAAGAGACAAUGGAAAAGAAUAAUAUCAUCAGUCUGAACAAGGCCAGGGGCUGUGGAACAGACCAUCAGUUGCUUGUAUGCAAGUUCAAGUUGUAGCUGAAGAAAAUUAAAACAAGUCCAUGAGAGCCAAAAUAUAACCUUGAGUAUAUCCCACCUGAAUUUAGACACCACCUCAAGAACAGAUUUGACACAUUGAACACUAAUGACACAAAACCAGAUGACUUGUAGAAUGACAUCAAGGACAGCAUACAUAAAGAAAACAAAAGGUCAUUAAAAAGACAGGAAGGAAAGAAAAGACCAAAGUGGAUGUCAGAAGAGACUCUGAAACUUGCUCCUGAACAUAGGGUAGCUAAAGUGAGAGAAAGACAUGAUAAAGUAAAAGAGCUGAACAGAAGAUUUGAAAGGACACCUUGAGAAGACAAAAUAUUGUAAUGAAAUGUGCAAAGACCUGGAGUUAGAAAACCAAAAGGGAAGAACAUGCUUGGCAUUCGUUAAGCUGAAAGAACUGAAGAAAAAAUUCAAAGCUUGAGUUGCAAUAUUGAAGGAUUCUACGGGGAAAAUAUUGAGUGACACAGAAAGCAUCAAAAGAAGAUGGAAAGAAUACACAGAGUCACUGUACCAAAAAGAAUUGGUCAACAUUCAACCAUUUCAGGAGGCAGUGUAUGAUCGAGAACCGAUAGUACUGAAGGAAGAAGUCCAAGCUCCACUGAAGGCAUUGGUGAAAAACAAGUCUCCAGAAUUGAUGGAAUACCAAUUGAGAUGUUUCAACAAACGGAUGCAACGCUGGGAGCACUGACUUGUCUAUGCCAAGAAAUAUGGAAGACAGCUACCUGGCCAACCAGCUGGAAGAGAUCCAUAUUUGCAUCUGUUCCAAAGAAAGGUGAUCCAACAGAAUUUGGAAAUUAGCCAAAAAUAUCAUUAAUAUCAUACGCAAGUAAAAUUUUGCUGAAGAUCAUUCAAAAGCCAUGGCAGCUGUACAUUGACAGGAAAUUGCCAGAAAUUCAAGCCAGAUUCAGAAGAGGACAUGGAAUCAGGGAUAUCAUUGCUGAUGUCAGAUGGAUCUUAGCUGAAAGCAGAGAAUACCAGAAGAAUGAUUACCUGUGUUUUUUUUUUUAAUUUUUAUUGUGCUUUAAGUGAAAGUUUACAAAUCAAGUCAGUCUCUCACACAAAAACCCACAUACACCUUGCUACACACUCCCAAUUACUCUCCCCCUGAUGAGACAGUCCGCUCUCUCCCUCCACUCUCUCUUUUCGUGUCCAUUUCGCCAGCAUCUAACCCCCUCCACCCUCUCAUCUCCCCUCCAGGCAGGAGAUGCCAACAUAGUCUCAAGUGUCCACCUGAUCCAAGAAGCUCACUCCUCACCAGCAUCCCUUUCCAACCCAUUGUCCAGUCCAAUUCAUAUCUGAAGAGUUGGCUUGGGGAAUGGUUCCUGUCCUGGGCCAACAGAAGGUCUGAGGGCCAUGACCACCGGUCCUUCUAGUCUCAGUCAGACCAUUAAGUCUGGUCUUGUGAGAAUUUGGGGUCUGCAUCCCACUGCUCUCCUGCUCCCUCAGGGGUUCUCUGUUGUGCUCCCUGUCAGGGCAGUCAUCGGUUGUAGCCAGGCACCAUCUAGUUCUUCUGGUCUCAGGAUGAUGUAGUCUCUGGUUCAUGUGGCCCUUUCUGUCUCUUGGG